GACACUUGCGCGACGGCGGCGACGGUCACUCAGCGCUCCUUCGCGACGGUUCGGCCGGGUGCCGCUGGCGGCCGUUGCCAGGGUGGGGGUCGCUUUGCGGCAUGGCGAUGGCGGAGGGCGAACGGACUGAGUGUGCUGAGCCCCCCCGGGACGAACCCCCUGCCGAAGGCACCUUGAAGCGGGCCGAGGAGCUCAAGACCCAGGCCAACGACUACUUUAAAGCCAAGGACUACGAGAACGCCAUCAAGUUCUACAGCCAGGCCAUCGAGCUGAACCCUAGCAAUGCCAUCUACUAUGGCAACCGCAGCCUGGCCUACCUGCGCACUGAGUGCUACGGCUAUGCGCUGGGUGAUGCCACACGGGCUGUGGAGAUCGACAAGAAGUACAUCAAAGGCUACUACCGCCGGGCCGCCAGCAACAUGGCUCUGGGCAAGUUCCGGGCUGCCCUGCGUGACUACGAGACGGUGGUGAAGGUGAAGCCUCAUGACAAAGAUGCCAAGAUGAAGUACCAGGAAUGCAGCAAGAUCGUGAAGCAGAAGGCCUUCGAGCGGGCUAUCGCAGGGGAUGAGCACAGGCGCUCUGUCGUGGACUCGCUGGACAUCGAGAGCAUGACCAUUGAGGACGAGUACAGUGGGCCAAAGCUUGAGGAUGGCAAAGUGACAAUCACCUUCAUGAAGGAGCUCAUGCAAUGGUACAAGGACCAGAAGAAGCUGCACCGGAAGUGCGCCUACCAGAUUCUGGUGCAGGUGAAAGAGGUCCUGUGCAAGCUGAGCACGCUCGUGGAGACCACGCUGAAAGAGACAGAGAAGAUUACAGUGUGUGGGGACACCCAUGGCCAGUUUUAUGACCUCCUCAAUAUAUUCGAGCUCAACGGUUUGCCCUCCGAGACCAACCCCUAUAUAUUUAAUGGCGACUUUGUGGAUCGUGGCUCCUUCUCCGUGGAGGUGAUCCUUACCCUUUUUGGCUUCAAGCUCCUGUACCCAGAUCACUUUCACCUACUUCGAGGCAACCAUGAGACAGACAACAUGAACCAGAUCUACGGUUUCGAGGGUGAGGUGAAGGCCAAGUACACCGCUCAGAUGUACGAGCUCUUCAGCGAGGUGUUCGAGUGGCUCCCGCUGGCCCAGUGCAUCAAUGGCAAAGUGCUGAUCAUGCACGGAGGUCUGUUCAGCGAGGACGGCGUCACCCUGGACGACAUUAGGAAGAUCGAGCGGAACCGGCAGCCUCCGGACUCGGGCCCCAUGUGCGACCUGCUGUGGUCAGAUCCCCAGCCACAGAAUGGGCGCUCAGUGAGCAAGCGGGGUGUGAGCUGCCAGUUCGGGCCGGAUGUCACAAAGGCCUUCCUGGAGGAGAACCAGCUGGACUACAUCAUCCGCAGCCACGAGGUCAAGGCCGAGGGCUACGAGGUGGCCCACGGCGGCCGCUGUGUCACCGUCUUCUCCGCCCCCAACUACUGCGACCAGAUGGGGAACAAAGCCUCCUACAUUCACCUCCGGGGUUCCGACCUGCGGCCCCAGUUCCACCAGUUCACAGCAGUGCCUCACCCCAACGUCAAGCCCAUGGCCUACGCUAACACACUGCUGCAGCUGGGGAUGAUGUGAGGCGAGGCCCCCCUGGCCAGCACCCUGCAUCCAGGACCUGAGCAGCCCCGCCCAAGGGCAGCGUUGGACCCCCUUUUACUUUGUAAAGUUUGUAUUUAUUCCUCUUUAGGUUGCAGAGGGGGUGGGCAGAGCAGAGCAGGGCUGGCCAGAGUGGCUGCUCCCUGGACAGGCAGGAAGAAGGUGCCCAAGCUGGGGUGCAGAGGGGCACAGCCAGGCACUCUGGAGGAAGGCUGGCCGGGGGCGGGGCCAGGAGGAUUCCCCGCCCCAUUGUUUGCAUGGUUCCUCCCCGCUAAAGCAAUAGGGCCCUGCCCUAGGAAGACCCUAGGAAGAGGGUCAUCAGGGAGGCCUCGCCUGCACCCUGUCUCCUGGUAGCCCAAGGGGGGGGCCAGGCCAGGCCCACCCCUCCCCCAGCUGUUUUAUGUCUGUAAUUAAAUAUGUUAAAAUAAAGUCAUUAUUGUAAGUCA